AUUGAAACCCCUCCUCUACCUUUGUCGCUUUCUUGCGCUCCCGUUGAAACGCCUACUCGUUGUUUUCCUGGGUUCGGAGGAAGAAGUUAUUCACCCGCUCAGUCGGAGAAUAUCGUACGCCGAGGGAGGAUAGAGGAAGCUUUUCGUUCCUUCUCUUUGUGGUCAGCGCAUGGCCCAUGAACCUGAUUGGAAAGGGGGUAGUGAGGCAAAGGGCAGGAGGGAUUUAACCACCGUGAAGCACAGCGUGGUGUGAGCGGCAGCGCUGCGGUGCCUGUGGCCAGCGUGCAACGCCGCUGCACCGGAUCGUGUUGGGAGCAGACAAGGGAAUAACACAACCACAUCCAGAGAUGGUUUUCUACCCGUGGGAGCCUUCACAGACAUUGCUACUGCUGUGAACCUUUCUAUCCAAACAUUUGUCCAGUGGGAUUAAGAAACGUGCUUUUUCUUUAUCAGCAAAGGAAUUAAAGAUGCCGGACCAAAUCACAGUUUCAGAGUUUGUGGCAGAGACGAGCGAAGACUACAAAUCGCCCACUGCCUCGAACUUCACCACCAGGAUGUCCCACUGCAGGAACACGGUGGCUGCUCUGGAGGAGGCUCUGGAUGUUGACCGUAGUGUUCUGUACAAGAUGAAGAAGUCUGUGAAGGCCAUCUACACAUCUGGUCUGGCCCACGUGGAGAACGAGGAGCAGUACACUCAGGCCCUGGAGAGGUUUGGAGAAAACUGUGUCUACAGAGAUGACCCAGACUUGGGUUCAGCCUUCCUCAAGUUCUCUGUCUUCACCAAGGAGCUCACUGCUCUCUUCAAAAACCUGUUCCAGAACAUGAACAACAUCAUCACCUUUCCUCUGGACAGCCUGCUGAAAGGGGACCUGAAGGGAGUCAAAGGGGAUUUGAAAAAGCCCUUUGACAAAGCCUGGAAGGACUACGAAACAAAAGUCACCAAGAUAGAAAAGGAGAAGAAGGAGCAUGCAAGGCAGCAUGGGAUGAUCAGGACGGAGAUCAGUGGGGCAGAAAUCGCUGAAGAGAUGGAGAAGGAGAGGAGAUUCUUCCAGCUACAGAUGUGCGAGUAUCUCCUCAAGGUCAAUGAGAUCAAAAUCAAGAAGGGCGUGGACCUGCUGCAGAACCUCAUCAAAUACUUCCACGCACAGUGCAAUUUCUUUCAGGACGGUCUGAAAGCUGUGGACAACCUGAAGCCUUCCAUAGAGAAGCUGGCCACAGAUCUGCACACAAUAAAGCAGGCGCAGGAUGAGGAGAGGAAGCAGCUGACUCAGUUACGAGAUGUCCUCAAGUCGGCACUACAGGUGGAGCAGAAAGAGUCUAGGAGAGAUUCACAGGUGCGGCAGAGCGCCACCUACAGCCUGCACCAGCCGCAGGGGAACAAGGAGCACGGCACAGAACGCAGCGGGUACCUGUACAAGAAAAGUGACGGGUUGAGGAAGGUUUGGCAGAAGAGAAAAUGCACGGCGAAGAACGGAUAUCUCACCAUCUCACACGGCACGCCUAAUCGACCGCCAGCUAAACUCAACCUGCUCACCUGCCAGGUGAAGCACAAUCCUGAAGAGAAGAGGAGUUUUGAUCUCAUAUCUCAUGACAGAACCUAUCACUUUCAGGCUGAGGACGACCAGGACUGUCAGAUCUGGAUCUCGGUGCUACAGAACAGUAAGGAGGAGGCGCUGAAUCAGGCCUUUAAAGGGGACCAGCAUGUCGGUGAGAACAACAUUGUGCAGGAGCUGACCAAGGCGAUCCUGGGGGAAGUGAAGAGGAUGACGGGAAACGACGUGUGCUGUGACUGUGGAGCGGCCAAUCCAACAUGGCUGUCCACCAACCUGGGCAUCCUCACCUGCAUUGAAUGUUCAGGGAUCCACAGGGAGCUGGGAGUCCACUACUCCAGGAUCCAGUCCCUCACUUUGGAUGUACUUAGUACCUCAGAGCUCUUGCUGGCCAAGAAUGUGGGGAACGCAGGCUUUAAUGAGAUCAUGGAGGCUUGUUUAAGUGCUGAGAAUGUGGUGAAACCCAACCCAGCCAGUGACAUGCAGGUGAGGAAAGACUUCAUCACAGCCAAGUACAUAGAGAAGCGCUUUGCUAGGAAGAAGUGUCCUGAUGCGACGUCGCGGCUCCGCACGCUGUGUGAUGCCGUGAAGGCUCGGGACAUCUUCUCCCUCAUCCAGGUCUACGCCGAGGGACUUGACCUCAUGGAGCCCAUUCCUCUGGCUAAUGGACAUGAGCAAGGGGAGACGGCCCUUCAUCUCGCCGUCAGACUGGUGGAUAGGACAUCUCUUCACAUCGUCGACUUUCUCACUCAAAACAGCUUGAACCUGGAUAAGCAGACAGCCAAAGGCAGCACAGCGCUACACUACUGCUGUCUGACCGACAACAGUGAGUGUCUCAAGCUGCUACUGCGAGGAAAGGCCUCCAUAGAGAUUGCUAAUGAGGCUGGGGAGACGCCGCUGGAUAUUGCUCGGAGGCUCAAACACCUGCAGUGUGAGGAGCUGUUGACCCAAGCGCUAGCGGGGAAAUUCAAUGCCCACGUCCAUGUCGAGUAUGAAUGGUGUCUGCAGCAUGAAGACUUGGACGAGAGUGAUGAAGAUCUGGACGAGAAGCCCAGCCCUCUCCGGAGAGACGAGCGUCCAGUCAGCUGUUACACCCCGAGCAGUAACUCCCACCUCCCCUCGAGCCUGGGCUCCGGAGGCCGCGAUGCAGUCAGCCUCGUGAAGGACAAACAGCGCACCUACAUGCCCAACCUGGUCAACAAUGAGACUUACGGCACCAUCCUCAACGCUACCACGCCUCAACCUGCCACCACGUCGGCCCCGCCCCUGCCCCCAAGGAACCUGGCCCAGUUACCCGGCCUGGGAGGGAUCAGCCAGUCCUCAGCGUCCAGCAGCUGGAAGACUGGUUCUUUAGACCCGGGUGGAAGACAGCGGUCAUCCUCAGACCCCCCCAACAUGCACCCUCCUGUCCCUCCUAUAAGACUCACCUCAACUGGAGGUCUGGGUCCUCCUCCUGUGGCGAAGAUGGAAGCGAUGAGCAUACAGUCUAAGUUGGGCCAAGGACCACUGGGAUCACGAGCCGCGGCGCCAAAAUCUCCUGCAGGCAAUGAUAAAAGCUUCAACAGAGGACUUCUAAAUCGAACAGAAUCUGUGGACGGACCAGCAAAGGAAGUGCCAGGAUGCCCCCAGAACUCUGUAGGUCAGGCUCUGCCUCCAGCCCCCAUGCCGAGGAAGGCCUACCCAAAGCAAAGGCCAAAGCGAGUGAAAGCCAUCUACAACUGUGUAGCCGACAACCCAGACGAGCUGACCUUCUCUGAGGGCGAGGUGAUCGUGGUGGAUGGAGAGGAGGACCAGGAGUGGUGGCUGGGCCACAUCGAAGGCGAUCCGCUGAGAAGAGGAGCCUUCCCAGUUACAUUUGUACACUUCAUGGACUGAAAAGUCACGUCGGGUCUCAGGAACUGCCCCGGGUUGCAGCUUCCCUCUUUCACCCGUGUGUGUCUGCCAGCCAGCAAAACAUCCGCCAUCUUCCUUGUGUUUGCUGGCGGCAUCAUCUUCCUCAUUAGCAUCAUGAGUGAGUUGUUGAAGUGCCAGUGCUGCACCAUCACCUCGGUUACAACUUUCUGCGUGGGUGUCAUCAUGGCAACCGUAGCAGGCUUUUUGCAGAUAGUCUGGGAGUCACCCUGGACUUGUAGAACUGUGUGUGGUUUUAAUGCUUGCAGAUAAUGUUUCUGACAAACUCUAUGAUUUAAAAAAACCAAUGAUUGUAGCGAAUGACCUCCCACAAUAAAUACACUUUUCUUGUCUUUAUCCGUGUUACAGAAUGAAAUGACGUGGCAUAAUGAAGGUUGUAUGUACAGUAUUCAUCUGUUUUGUCCAUCUGCAUUGUACAGGCAGUCCUUUAAAGUGAUAGAACUGAAAGAACACAGCAGUGUAUUUUAUCUUAAAUGUGAACAUAGUCAACAUGCUUACAUUUCACCUCUGUGCAUGAGCAGUUUUUAAAAGCUUACCUGCUUCUAGGUGCAACUUUCUAACUCUGUAGUCGUCCUCCACUGUGGAGGAUGUUCUAAUGGUGCUAAGUUAACCCUGAAAUAUGCUAGAAGCUGCACUCAAAGGAGUGCUUCCCUCUCCCUGUUUCAAAGAGGGAAAGAAGGCGGAUGCUGCAUGUGUAAGUAGCCUUCAACUCGCCAGACCUGGGAGAACCCACUUUCUUGCGUAUGUGUUGAGUAAUAGACCUGCACAUGAAUUCCACGCCAUGCAUCUUCUACUAACACACUUCUACUUGUACUAUUUUAGGAUGAUGUUUCAGAGCGACAUUCCUUCCUAUUUGCUGAUUUAGGUCAAAUAACGAGACUGACUGGAGCUGCAGCAGCCAGUAACUAACUUCAUUGCGUCGGACACGUCAGGCUAUCUUUGCCUGUCAUCUGCCUUAUUAGAGGAAAAGUGUGUGUGCAUGUGUGUGUGAUCUGCACAGACUAAGAGAAGGAAAGAAUACUGAAGUAAAAGGAAAAAAGUGUGAGAAUGUGAUGGAAAGCGGGCAUUAUCUGUGACUUUUUGCUUCCACAUGCUCUCAGACGUUGACAGGCUUUUCUUUCCACCAGUGAGCUAAAUUAAGUCUCUAACUUUGAUGCUUUCUAUACAACAAGACGUAGAAGAGUGUCCUACUUAGUUAGGCCUCUCAUAUCUGUACAUCUCUGGGGUCACAUGUAGAAGCUUUAUCUAUAGUGUUAUGAAAUGAAUAUAAAACAUACAAUUUAAUUAACUUCGUCUUUUGGUUGCAGAGCAACUUUCUUUUUGUUCAUACUGUUGAUACUUAGAUGUUUAACCUGAAAACCAGAGCCUUAUAUGGAUUUGUGAAUGACCUGAAGAGAAGCAUGUGAAUCAUAGCUGAUGCACUCUCUUUAUCGUGUUUAAUAUUAACCCACUGGAAACAGUAAGAUUUAAUGAUCUAUUAAUGUAAAUAGAUGUUUUUGUUUUGAUAUUUAAAUGUAAAAAAAGAGUCGAGUUACCCUGGGCAGUGUAUGUCUUUUAAUGCACUGUGGCAAUGAGCUGGACCUGUGUACACUUAAAACACAAACAGACUCGUACACACACACACACACACACACACACACACCUGGGAAAAUUAACUUAGUUCAUUCUCAUUCACUAUCUGGGGAUCACUACAUUGACUCAACUCUGUUGUGCAAGUACAUGGGAAAAUGAAACUGGAAUAAUAAAAUAUGAAAUAA